AUGCUUUCUCUUUCACGUUCAAAGUCCUCCAAGUCCCUUCACGGAACGAAAUCGAAGACUAAAACUCCUAAGCAUACUCCCCUAUUCGAUGUGCGACUCAGCUGCGCGGAUCGCGACAUUCUUAUUUUGAAGGGUCCGCCUGAAGAGGCUCCGCCGGUGCUUUUGGCCGGUGUCGUCGUCUUGUCGGUGACUGAGCCUAUAAAUGUCAAAAAGCUUUCUCUACAAUUAUAUGCGACUCUUAAUAUGCACUGGGACGAGAAGUUCCAGAACAGCAAGGGCUCCGUCUUCACUAGGCCUUACCGCCAUUCUAGUGUCAUCUUUAAAUAUGAAUGGGAUCCGCUCAACUUGAAGAAUUUUUUGCUUCAGGGCGGAGCGGAUAACUAUGAUUCUACCACGGCUGCUCUUCAUGCCGCGGCCUCAUCUCUACCGGGAGUGAGUCCCACUGGUUCCCUUGGUGCCAGGUCUCCAUCACGGUCUCCUUACGGUUCAUACAGCUCUCUCGCAGGCUUUGUUAAUGGUCACCAGGCUGGCUCUAACGAUUCUUCUUCAUCUUCCUUGGCGUCUCUGAGUGCUGCAGCUGUCGCCACCGCAAACAUGCUCUCGGCCACUCAACCGGGCGAUGAUAGUACUCUUACUCUCGCGGGUAGCGGUCGCAAAGCUGGAACCUCCGCGGGAAAUUCUUCUGCUGCCGCCGCGGUCGAUGUUAAGACCGCGACUCCCAUGCGGAAGAACAAGUCGGCGUCCUCGUUGGUGGCUCUUUCAUUUGCAUCGCACGUCGAGCCGACAGUUCUUCCACCGGGAAAUUACGAGUUUCCCUUCAAAACCAUUUUACAGGGCGCCAUUCCUGAAUCAAUCGACAGCCUGAAAGGCUGCUCCUUGGUGUACAGGCUCCAAAGUAUCCUCGAACGCCGCCGAUUCUCAACGCCGAUCAUAACAAGGCGGCUUAUUCAUGUUGUGAGGACUUUGCCAUCCGAUUCAAGCGAGCUCACAGAGACUGUCGCAGUUGAUAACACCUGGCCGGGCAAAGUUGAUUAUUCUAUCAGCGUUCCGACUCGCGCAUUGGCCGUCGGCUCGACUUGCCGCGUGGAAAUCACAAUGGUUCCCCUCGCGAAGGGCCUCAAAUUGGGUAUCGUAAAGGUCAAGCUUGCCGAAUACUCAAAUCUAGUUUCUUCUGCUUCUUCACGGUCACAGGAGCGCCAUAUUGUGUCGAAAAUAAUUCCGAAAGUCACCAUCGAUCCCGCCACGGGACUCGAUGUGUGGUCCAACGAUACGCCACUCGACGUCGACGGAGUCUUUUACCGCGGCGACGGCAUCACUCUUUCCCAGGACCGCUGGGAAAUUAUGAUGCGGAUUCAGAUUCCCGCCUCGGCGGCGAAGAUAACCCAGGACUGCGACAUCAAAAAUUCCAUCAAGGUUCGCCAUAAAUUGAAGUUUUCCAUCGGACUAAUCAAUACGGACGGCCAUGUUUCUGAGUUGCGGGCAACUUUACCCGUCACUGUGUUUAUAUCGCCUUUCGUACCAAUUCAUGCUCAUGGAAUUAAGAGUUUUGAUGUCCCGCAAUCUUUGUCGGGAUAUGAAGAUGCUACCGUGUACCCCCCUGGUAAUGAUGAGCUCAUGUUUUCCAGGGACGCUUUGUCGGAGUCGCUGUCACAGGUGCGGACCAGUUUUUCGGGAAGCAAUUUGAGGUCAACGUCCGCGAUCAAUUCUGGCCCCAAUUCUGCCGCUAACUCUACCGCAAAUUUACCUUCAGCCGGUUUAGGUAGUUCUGUUAUCGGCUCUGUUGGCUCUCUGAGCGCCGCGUCUCUCGGAGGGUCCGUAACGGGAUCCCUUGCCGCAUCGUCUGUGGAAUCCCCAAUAGGCUCCACUACCGAUCUCAAUACCCAGGAUUUGAUGGCUCCGCCAAGUUACGAUCGUUAUGUGUAUGACCGUCUUUGUGAUGCAAAUGGAGCUCCUGAAGAGCCUACAGGGCCCGCCGCGCCAGCAACGCCCGCGGGGCAAAUAGGGCAGACGGGGCAAGCGGUUUCAGAAUUACCCGGAGAUUUCAACCCUGUAGCCGUAGAUCGUCAUUCUGCUACUCAGCUUGUUGCAAGUUUGGCCGCGCACAAUAACACCAAUUCGGAAGCUCGAGGUAGUGCUGCUGCCGCGGCGACAACAUCUUCCACCUCUGGAACCUUGCGGCGGCCUGUGUUUACUCUGGCAGAUGAGACGUCUUCCCCUGAUAUCCGCGUGGCUCCUGGAGUCGCGCCCACUGCGUCCUCCUCGAAGAUCAUUUCCGGCCCGGCAUUUGAGGGUGGAACGCAACUCGCGCUCAGCGCGUCGUCAUCGGGCGCUAAUCUCCCCGCACUGAUGUCGCCGCCUGCUACCACAUCUGUCCAGCAUCUUUCUAGAGCGACAUCUUUCAUGACCGAUGUCGCUUCUACACCGCACGUUUCAUCGGGAAGCACUUUAGGUUCAUCCAUCCCCGAAGAGCGGUGGGAUACAACAGAGCUUUCUAAAGUUCCGUCCUACGAGACUGCCAUUAUGUCGGAUGCAGUGACCGACGAACUCACCCCGGCAUAUGAACCGUCAGAAUACGACUCUCACUUUAAUUUGGACUUGUUGGAUUCGCGCCUAGAAAGUGCCGGCGGUGGGUUUUCUACCGCGAGUGCUGCCGCUGCCGUUCGAGCUCCGCAGCUUUCGCGAAUCCACUCCACCAACAGUGUUCCAUCUGUAAGAGGUCUUUCACCAAAGUUCGGCUCUUCUACAUCUCUCUUCUCUAAACAACUACAUAAGCUCCAUCGCAUGGAGUCUUCACCUCCCCUUGCUUAUCCGGCGGCUGCCCAUAAUCAUUCGUCUGAAGCUACUACGCCGACAACUGGGUCUACCGGGGCCAUCGACUCUACUGCGGCCACCGGGGACACCGGGAAAACCUCUUCGCGGCCCCCCGUUACUCCACUAGGCGGCCGUAGGAGUAAAUCUUCGUUGAGUUACAGAAUCUUCCAUAAGAUUUAG